AUGCGUGUACCCGCGUUCGCGGACAACCUCUCAGGAGCCUCGCCGGACUCCGCCUUCCACCGCGCGUGCCAGGCCAUAACGGCCGACUUCACGCGCUGCUCUCUCAAGGUGCGGGAGGUGGAGGCACAGCUGCGGGCGGAGGGCGCGGGGCGCGCGGACCUGGCGGACGUUGUGCGGCGCGUGCAGGAGCAGGAGCGGGAGAAGCUGCACCUGACGGCCGUGCAUCACGUGCUGCGCAAGUCUCUCCGUCCGUCCGACCGCCCGCGCUCUGAAAUCGUCUCCUUUCUGCCGCAGCGGCACAGGGACCACCCGCAGCCUCUGCAGCAGCCACAGCCACUGGGAGAGCAGCCGGGGCUGCAGCAGAGCGAGGGGCGAUGCGCAGGGCAUCGUGAGUAUGAUGGUGGUGCCAAUGGUGAUGCCGAUGUUGAUGUGCGGAUGGGUGAUGGUGAGCGGCAGCAGGGCAGUGAGGAGCAGGCAGGUGUGGGCGGCGGACAGCUGACAGACGAUAGAGGCACAGAGACUCUCAGGUCCCACGGUGGUGCAGAGACACACGAGUGUGUCGGCACGACCAGGUUUGCAGGUGGGGAAGACGCACCCGCAGGUGGUGUUGAUGGUGGCAUUGCGCGUGAGCUGGCGCAUGCCUCACUGGUCUCUCCCGAUGCCGCUGUUAAAACCUGCAGUAUCCCAGCCUCCUCUGAAGCCAGCACGCAAGCCCCCACUGAAGCCCAGUCACAUGUGGUCACAGGUGGCCCCGCCACAGAGGCCUCUCCUCCAGGCCAUGGCCUUGCAGCCCCGGCCCAGGGGCUGUCAGGCAUGCCCGCGCCCCUCCGGGGGAUUCCACCUGAAUCUGCGGCUGCCGCCUUCACUGCUGCACGCAGGGCAGGCGGGUGCGGGUGCGGGCACAGCAGCAGCAGCAGCAGCAGUAGCAACGCUGCUGGUGGUGGCAGGGGCAGUGGUGCGGUGGGGCAUGGGGAGGAGGACGGGGAGGGCGAGUGGGAGGAGCAGUGUGCGGUGGCGCGUCUAGAUGCGGAGUAUGAUGCAGCGAUGGCGGAGGUGAGGCAGGCCCUGGCGCGCAUAGUGGGGGACAUCAAUGAGGCGCUGGAGGAGGUGCGGUAUGAGGUGGCAGAGCUGGUGGGGGGAGCUGACGUGGAGGAUGCUGCUUAG